UUUUAUUAAGUCAAAAUCGUCUCAAAGAGGCUAGGAAAAAAUAUCAGAUUAAGUUACCGGCGGAUCAAAGGAGGUUCAUGAAGAGAAGAGGCAAGAAAAGGUCAGAUAGGGAUGUUCAGUAGAGAGGAAGAGAAAGGACAUGAGGAAGAAGGGGAGCAAAGGCCGGAGGAGGGAUAUUCGCAACAGCCACCAGCUCAGUAUGGUUCUACUCUUCGUCAGAUGGAGACCGAGGUUCGGACGCUCAAGCAGGAACUGGCGCGCACUCAGGACGCCCUGAAGACCGCCACGAAGAGAUGCCGGGAACUGGUGAGGGAAUUAGAUCACCGUAUCGCCGGUCACGAAUCCGAGAGAAUUCUGCGGGAUCAGCAGCUUUCGAGGAUAUUGCGGGCAUUAUUAUUCCUAGAGGCACGCCUUAAGCAGGAGCAGAAAUCGAUCAGGCAGAUGCUCUGCGAGAAGGAUAAUGUCAUUAGGAACCAGCAGUUGGAGAUCGCGAUGCUCAGGCGAUACACAAAGAACUAUAUUAAGAGCAAACGCGAUCAAACGAUGCCGGUAGCUGAUGUUGAGAUCAACACCAAUAUUGACAAGAAUCUGCAGAAGGAUUUCGGCAGUUUGCAAAGAAACACGCUGCAGGAGAACGGUAUCGGCAAAGAGAUCGCGAGUCUGAAGUGCGAGAUAAUCACGCGGCUAAAUCCGACAUCGUCCGGCAUUUUGGAUGAGUUGGACCGCAACAGCGUGAAGAAAACACAUAGUUUUGCCGGCAGCGAUAUCUCAAAAGCCAGUCUGACCAGCAGCGAGAAUACGGACGCGUCCAUCAUCACGACAACGACGGAGGGUAGUCCUUCGCUGCUCAGUACAGAAGGAUUUUGCGAGGGUGAGAGUACGGAUGUGUCACCUGGUUCAACUUUAAAUAAAUGCUCGAAUAGGUGCACUCCAACAACAGUGACUGACAGCGAAAACGAGACGACGAUGAUUCUGGAUGAGGACGAGGAUGUAACGGAAGAGAGUGGAAUGACGAUGGUCUUUACGAAACGGAGGACAUUUUUUGAUAGGAUAAAUGGUCAGAAAACGUCGUCUAAGAAUCCUGAUAUGAUCGAGAUGGUCGGUAUCGCGAGAACAGAAAGCAAGGAUGACGGGAUGGAUUGUAACUUCGUCUCUGAGGAUGAGGAGCAGGAUAACAUCAAGAUGGGAACAAGGAUAAAUCAUCAAGAUGGAAACAAAGAGGAACCGAUCUACAUCAACGCCUGCAACGAGGUGAACGAAAAAAUGCAGCGAACGGAGCAGUCAAGGAUAAAAGAUGAUUAUAGCAAUAAUAACGAUAUUGAGGCGAAGAUCGAGACGUCUGAGUUAACAGUGGAGGACACCAGUGGAAAUUGGUACAGCGACCCCGAUGAGGACCGACUAAACGACGAUGUAUUUAGACACAGCACGUAUCGGCCAAAUAGUAAUCAUAACUCUGUAUUGGAGUGUGUAAAUCAGAUCCUGCUACAGGAUAUGGAAGAGGAGGAGAAUUCUGUGUUGUCAGUGCCGCGUCGGUUCAAACAUCGUGGCAGAAUCGUGCAUUUCCAGCCAGCCAGAUUGUCCGACAUCGAAUCGGUAGGUUCGGAGAUGGAGAGAAAGAAUUCUGAAGAGUCUGUCACGGAUAAUAAGGAUUCAUCGAGGGAAGAAGAGAUCACGGAGAAUAUGUCUGAGGACGAGUUUGGCAUGAGAAUCGUUCAAAAAGAAUCAGAUAACGGUUCCAAGGACUCCAAAGCGAUCCCGCUAGUCAUCAUCGAACCUAAAAUCGAUGUUGAAGAAACAAAGGAAACCUUGAUAAAAUCUCAAGUGAGUAAUCCUUCUUUAAAGAUGGAGAGAAUCGAAGAAAAGACUUGCCUGCAAAUGUCCACCAGAGGUUUAACUAUUGCUAAAAAUCUGGAUUACGAGGAUAUAGAAUCGCUGCCGGAAAUAACAACGACGUCACCAACGCCACCCAGGACGCCACCAGCGUUACCACCAAAGCCGCAAUUCCGCAACAACACGCUAAUUUUGAAGAAGAUUCCAAGUCCAUCGUUCCUGAUUGAUGAAAAAAGACAACAAGAUCCGGGUAACGCGGAUUCUACAAAAAAAGGCAUUCUGGGUCUAGUGUCCUCUUCGUCAUCGAAAACGGCGAGAAGUUUGAACCUGGAGGAAGCAAAAAAUUCGACUAGAAGCUCGGCGAGGGAAGCAAAAAAUCGCGAAGAGGGUGGGUUUUGGAAAAAUAGGUUCAAUCACGUGCGCUCAUCUUUCCAAGUAAGGCAAAAGGAAUCGGAUCAGGCAAAAAGCGCGGCCAGGGUGACAAAUAUCGUUCGGCAUUUCGAAGAGUUCAAGAUUGGCGAUCCCGAGGAGCAAACGAAGGACAGAAAUCGCCCGAAGGAUCGCUAUGCCGAACUCGAACAUGAAUUCGAUAUUCGGCAGAACUUUGAGGAAUUUAAUCUAGACGAAUGCGAUCUGUCGGAUGACCCCGAUCGGCCUGAAGGUGAUGGGUCUGAGAGACUUGGCCAUGCCGGACUUAAUAAUGUCGGCCAGAAUGAGAACAGUAUUGCCAAAGACAACAACAAUAUUCCUACUGUCGAUAACGGUAUCAAUAACAGCAACAACAAUGACAAUGUCAACGGUGAAAUUGGAAAUAGCGGAUACGAUCACUUCUUGGAAGCAACUGGCCUUAGCAACAAAUCAAUUCUAACACCCUCAAGAUUGCUGAGCAAUCACAAGAGCAUGCUGAAACCGAAGGAUGUGAAGUAUAAAAGCAGAAUCAAAGCUACAGCGGUGUUGGAGAGGCACGGGAUACAGACGACUCCAGCCGGCGGUACAACGACGCACGUCAGACACUGGACUGGACCGUUUGUCUGACGUUUGGCUAAUUUUUUGCCGGCUGGGAAAAAUAUCUUUCGCUCUGCCAUAUCGGCUGAUAACUCGCCGGUAAAGACGAAUUUUAAAAAGUUCUGAUUCUUUAAUUCGCUGACAAAUUAAUUAAAUAAACAUAUUUGGGUAUUGCAUUUGUAUAUAGCGAGGCUAUCAUUCUUAAAAUGCAAAUUGAAUUUUAAUAAUAAUCGAUUAGGAACAAGAAAUUUUUCAUGAAGAUACGAGUGAAAAGAUAACUUUGCUUCCUUAUUAUGUUUUAUGAUGUGUUGUAUGUAAUUGAAAUAAAGAAACGAAGUUAUUUUUUCGCGUAUCUCUUUCUUCAUAAAAAAUUCUUUCCUGUUUCUUUAUAUAUGAAUGAUGUUAUUUUGUUUAUAAAAGAUACACGAGUCGCACUAGAUUUUGAAGUUGCACUUCUAGUUAAUUUAUUUCAUUAAUCUUUUCUUGAAAAGAUGUUUAUAACAUGUUGAUCUAACUAUUCUUGCUGUGAAAUUGUUUAUUAGUCUUUAUAUGAUACAUAUGUAAAAAAAUAUAACUUGUCUCGACU